CGGUAGAUACUAAGAAGAGAGAGACUUUGACGGUGAUACACAAGCCAAUCGAUUAAACAUGUAAUAAAUAAAAACUUUGCAAACGAAAGAAAAUUAAUUCAGCAACAAAAUGUCGUCGCUUUUAGAUAAUAGUAACAAUAAAACUGAUAUUGAAGUGAGCGUGGUGUCCAGUCCGGAAUCGAAUUCCCGGAACGUUUCUCCGGAACCGUCGCCUGAAAAUUAUCGGUAUAUGAACGGUGGUGGUAGUGGUGGUGUUGGUGGUGGCGGUGUUGGUGGUAUCGCAUCCGGUCCGACGAUAACGUGUUUCCCGCUUAUAAAAACCGCAGAAGAUGAACCGUCUGGUGGCGUUAAAGAGGUGGUAAAGAAUACCGGGAAAACGACCGGGUCGUCCACAAACUUUUCCAUUUCCAGUAUAUUAAGUCGGACCGAACCGAAUACGAAAAAAACUACCCUAACCGAAAUACACACCGAACAGGGACCGAUAGAGAGUAACAAAAUAAGUCAAUCUGAUAGUGCAAUGUUGUCAAGGUUAGGAUUAAUGUCCCACUUUGGUGCUCUGGCUGCUGCCAGCAGUAGAUAUGCCGCCCUUUGUGGUCCUACAGACCCAAGAAACUUACCCUGGUACUGGAGCAGAAUACAACCUCAAUUGAUACAAGACAGGCCAAGUCCAAACGGCAAUUCUAUCAAUAGCGACCAUUCUCCGCCAAUGUCGCCGCGGGAAGUUCAACACAGCACCCAAUCUUCGGAAACAGGUCGUUCCUCACGGCCCACAACCCCAUCCGAGACCCAGCGAACGCCGGAGAGCAGUCCGCGUCAUCCGUCGACAAUGACCUCGAGUCAUCCGGCCUUCUUGGACCAAAACUACUUACAAAUACCCAGAGCCCGGAGUCCGUACAGAGAAAACGACGGCAUCACAAUGGAAGAGGACGUGGACGAAGAAGAAAGUGACUACGACAACGACAAAGACAAAAAGACGCAAAAUAACCAAAACAACAUGAACUCGGCCAAUAAUCUUGCAAACAAACGAAAAAAGAAAACGCGAACGGUAUUCUCCCGAUCCCAGGUGUUCCAACUCGAAUCGACGUUCGACAUGAAAAGGUAUCUAUCGUCUUCGGAACGAGCGGGACUUGCAGCUAGUCUACAUUUGACCGAAACCCAAGUGAAAAUCUGGUUUCAAAACAGAAGGAACAAAUGGAAAAGGCAACUUGCUGCGGAACUUGAAGCGGCCAACAUGGCCCACGCUGCCCAAAGGUUGGUGAGAGUUCCUAUUUUGUACCACGAAUCCACCAGCUCUCCAAUUCGACAUCCUUUCGAUCAAAGUCCUACCACUCUUGGACUUCACCAUGCGUUGGAUGGUAACCGAGAUGGUGCACCGAGUGUGACGAAUCCUGUGGUUAGUUCAGCUGCUGCAUAUCCCACGUCCCUGUACUAUCAUCACCAAGCGGCUGUUGCGGCUGCAGCAGUUCAUAAUCUCCCGUCUAGUCCUGUCAGUAGACCUCCGAUGUCAGGAUUGGUGUGAGCAUUUCCAUUUGUAUAACUAACUCAAACUUCUUUGUGAAUUGUUGUUGUUAUUGGUUGGAAUGGUGAAAGUACUUCGGUUGGAUUUAAAUUAACACAUAAUUGAGAAUCAUUUUAGAUUUAUAAUUAAUUCAAAUUUAAGACGGAAUAACUUCUUGGUCCUUGUUUUAUACUAACAAACUCAUUCGAAUUAGAGUUCAACUUAAUACGUUAAAAUCAUUUUCGCUCUACAAUGAUUUUAAACUUCAAAUCUACUUGAUUGUCUAUUUAACUCUGCACUAUUUGCAAUAAAAAAUGAUUUUAAAAACAAAUCCGAUUGGAAUCAUUCUCGUUCUACAAUGAUUCAGAGAUUCACAUACCUGUUAGAUAUGAUUGAUUCUUGAAUUCUUAAUUCAGUACUAAAAAAUGAUCACAUUUGAAGUUGCUUUAAAUUUAAUAUAUUAAAAUCAUUAUCGUUCUAUAAUGAUUACUGUUUUAUGAAGAUUUGAGGAGUCUCUAGCACAAAAUAUCUAUACUAAAAAGUAUGUGAAGUAAAUCUAAUUGGAUUUGAAUGCAACAUAGUAAACUCAUUUUCGCUAUACAAUGAUUUCAUGAUUUAGACGUUGAU